AUGGCGUCGGAUUACGAUCAUGGGGCGCCGGACGACCGCUUGCAAGCCCACCCCGCCGCCACCCCUAUGGAACCUGGUUAUCCCGGUGAUGGAGUCUGGCAGAACGGAGGAAGGAGAACUCCCGAAAGAAAUUACCGCUCACAACAGCCCUCACGUUCACCCGGUCCCAGAACACCUGGUCGAGAGGGCGACUCAAGGCGGAGCGGUGAACGCAGUAGAUCCAAAGGAAGAGGAGGUGGGCGGUCAGCCAGCGGUCAACAGAGGACCUGCAAGAAGUGUGGAGAGCCUCUCACCGGCCAAUUCGUUCGCGCACUGGACGGAACCUUUCACUUGGAUUGCUUCAAGUGUCGUGAUUGCGGCCAGAUUGUAGCCUCCAAGUUCUUCCCCGUCGAUGACGAAGGUGGUGAAGGACAGUAUCCUCUGUGCGAGACAGACUACUUCCGCCGGCUGGGUUUGCUUUGUUUCCAGUGCGGCGGCGCCCUUCGAGGCUCCUACAUCACCGCUCUCGACCGAAAGUAUCACGUCGACCAUUUCACAUGCUCCCUGUGUCCCACGGUCUUUGGCGCGCAGGACAGCUACUACGAGCACGAUGGCAACGUGUAUUGUCACUACCACUACUCUACGCAGUUUGCGCAAAGAUGCAAUGGCUGCCAGACUGCAAUCCUCAAGCAGUUUGUGGAAAUUUACAGGAACGGCCAGAACCAGCACUGGCAUCCCGAGUGUUACAUGAUCCACAAGUUUUGGAACGUGCGACUUACGCAGCCGAGUGACCCCUCCGAAUUACCUCAGGAGACCGACGACCCCGCGACUCGCGACAUCAUUAGAGAGGAGGAAGAGCGCAUGGAGGAGAAGGUCUACCGUAUUUGGAGCGUCCUGUCAACUUUCGAGGAGUCGUCCGCAGCAUGCAUCUCCGAUAUGCUCCUCCACGUGAGCAACGGCGCCUAUGUCGACGGUGUGCUGGUCGCCAAGAAGUUCAUCUGGCAUGUUGAGAUCUUGUUCCAGUCUGCUGAUCGCCUGGACUACUCCAUGGAUCAACUGAAGCUCAAGGGAUUGUCGUACGGUCGUGAGGCCAAGCUUCUGUGCAAAAAGAUAGUAUCUUUCUUCUCGCUGCUGUCCAAGACCCAGGACACGGGAGCCCGCAAGCUUGGCGUCACUCAGGAGUUAUUGUCCCUAGUCACAGGUCUUGCUCACUAUCUCAAGCUUCUCAUUCGAAUCUGUCUGCAGGGAGCGUUACGCCUUGAGAAGGAGUCUAAGAGCUCCGACGGCAUUUAUCAAUUCCUGGAUGACCUGAGCGAACUGGACAGCGUAAAGCCCGACGACAACACCCUACAGGCUAUUACGGGCAACUCGCGCCUUUCGGCAAAGGAUUCUGAUCACUGUGCACUCUGCAAUAAGUCUGUCGAAGACGAGUGCGCAAAGAACUCCGACCGGCGAUGGCACAUUGCCUGCGUCAGCUGCUCACGUUGUACAAGAGAUAUCGGUCGCAAGCUGGAAGAUGCUCGCUACAAUGCCUUUGACAAGAAGAUCUACUGCAACAACUGCAUCGGCGCCAACGGUGAUGAUAUGCCGCCUUUUGAGCAUGUCACCAAGCUCCAGCAGUACGUUUUCUUGUUGAAGGUGGCGCUCGCGCGGUUGUUGGACAUCCUGCGAAGCAAUGGCGCUUUGCCUCGGCAAAACGAUGACCAGAACUCGGAUGGUUAUGGUCCAGGCGAGGGUGCCCGAACUUUGGCUCCCGGAGAAGCACCCUACCUAAACUCAGACAACCGCUCGAAGUCGUACGCUGGAGAUCAACGGGAGCACAAUCGCGAGUCUUCCUACGAGAACACGCUGAAUGAUGUUCGCCGAUUGAGAAGUACUCGUCUCGACAAGCAUUUGUCUUCAAGCUUUCGCAAGGCUAGAACGUCGCGCAUCAUGGACGGGCCUGAGGGACGUAGCGUUCGCCCAGGAUCCGCGGGCGAGGACUUAGGCCGCGCUGAUGGGGACCUCCAUAUUCUCGAGGAACGAAGAGGCCCAAACGACGAAGGCACAACGGACAAAAUGUUCAACCACCAAGACGCUCUGACGCUGGAUGAUAUCCCGCGAAUCGUUGCUGCCGAACAAGUCAAAGAGCAACAAUAUAAGCCCAACCGCCAGGAACUCUUCCGGUCCCCCGCUACCGACCCCAUGGGACAUCAAAGAUCGCAGUCGGCAGGUAGAGAGGCUGAGUUGCGCAUGGGCGAUGCGAUGCCUCAGCGUCUGGGACGGAAGUACUUUUCGGAGCUCUCGGGAUUGGAGUACUUUAUCGUGCGCCACCUGGCAGUCUUGACUCUGGCGCCUGCCGUUGAGAACGAAUUCCCUCUGGAAGAGUUAUUGAGCUUUAUCGAGUCGAGAAAGCAGCCCACGUUCUGGAAAAACUUGGGCAAGGCCUUCAAGAACGACCGGCCGAAGAAUGUCAAGAAGAAGGGCAUUUUCGGAGUACCCCUGGACGUCAUCAUUGACAAGGAUGGCGCCGAGUCAACAGACGGUGUAGGCCCCGGAACACUCAAGAUUCCUGCAAUUAUUGACGACCUCAUCUCAUCCAUGAGAAAAAUGGAUCUUUCCGUUGAGGGUGUUUUCCGAAAGAAUGGCAACAUCAAGAAGCUGUCUGAGCUCUGCGAAAGAAUCGACCGGGAAGGCUGCGACAGCAUUAGCUUCAUGGACCAGCCUGUUGUACAGGUUGCCGCUUUGUUGAAGCGCUAUUUGCGUGAGCUGCCCGAUCCACUCUUGACUUUCAAGCUCCAGAAGCUCUGGAUUUCUGUCGCCAAGAUCCAGGACGAUGCAAAGCGCAAGUCGUAUCUGCACCUCAUCUGCUGUCUCUUGCCCAAGGCUCACCGAGACUGCUUGGAGAUUCUGUUCUGCUUUUUGAAGUGGGCUGGAUCCUUCCAUCAAGUGGAUGAGGAAGCCGGAUCUAGGAUGGACAUCAAGAAUCUGGCAACCGUUAUUGCACCGAACAUUCUUUACAACAGCAACAAAGCGCCUGCACUGGACAGCGACCCCAUGUUCGCCAUUGUCGCCGUGAACGAUAUGAUCACGUCUAUCGAAGAAAUGUGCCUGGUUCCCGACGAGCUUAUGGAAAUGGUCAACGAUCCAUUCGUGUUUGGCAACACUGCCGAUCUCACUACAAAGGACAUCCUUAAGCGUUACCAGGACCGCAUGGGUCAAAGACCAGGGUUGGGCGAAGUUAAUGAGGUCUUUAACAGACCAGAUAACUCAUCCCGGCCCCCUCCCCGAAGGGUUGAGACUGACCCCGCUCUGUGGCAACAACAAGAGAGUAGCGUCCGCACUGUGCAGGAACCGCCCAUGCCCAUUCCUCCUUUCAACCAACCCAAUCCUGGUACACCACCCCAAAGAUGGCGGCCACAUGAAGAAAAUGGCCACCCUUCACCCUAUGGUGGAAGCCAGUAUGAGCAUUCAGACACCGAAGGCCCUUCGGAAGCUCAAAAGAGAGAAUGGCGCCAGUCGGGUGGGGUUUGGGGAAGACAGAACAGCGGUGUUGGCGUAGGUGGAAACACAUAA